AUGCCGUCGCUGACGACUGUCACCAUUCAAUCCGCGCUACUCAAGUCGGCGGCAAACCUCACGGCCCAAGUGGCGGCGCGAUGGAAUUCACCAGCAGCGGCUGGGACACCGGUGGACUGGACUCGCGUGGCCGAGUUCGCCGUCUUCGGCCUAGUCCAAGCACCAAUAGUGUCCAUGUGGCAGGUCUUUCUGGAAGACAAUUUCCCUUCCCAACGGGCCAGUGGCCAAAGGCAAGGUCGCGUCACUACCACCCAGCCCGGCGAAGCAGCUCAGAGCGAGCAACCGACUAAGGAUAUCAAAAAGACGACGAACCUGAACUGGGCCAACAUCUUGACCAAGCUUGUCGUCGACCAGACGAUUGGUCAGCUGAUCAUGGCCUUGACAUUCCUCGUGUGUACACGCGGAGCACGGCUCGGAGGACUCGCACCGCUCCGGGAAGAAAUCCGCACACAGAUCCUGGGGAUCGUAUGGGCCAGCUGGAAGAUCUGGCCUUGGGUCGCGCUCAUCAACUUCAUUUGGAUACCGGUGGAGUGGAGGGUGGUUGUGGCAUCUGUGGUCGGAUUUGGAUGGAACGUCUUCUUGAGUAUCUUGUCCAUGUCAGCGUCAGCAUAA